UGGCUUGCGUCAUUGCAUAAUCACAGAAAUAUGGCGCUGCGCUCUUACUGUCGACAACUAGCUGCACAGGUCUUUCGUUUGAAGCUUUGUGGUAACGAAUGUCCGAGAAAUGCACCGGGUUGUAGUUUUUCUCUUGCGGGAAUCAAGUCGCUGCAUGAACCGACCGGCGUGCUGGCGCGGUCGAGCCGCUGUGUGAAGCGCUGGCACAGAAGGUCAUGGCAUCGCUGUGCCAGUCUGCAAAUGCCUAGUCAGAAGAGCCACUCGGACACUACAGACUUCAGCAGGUGGACUCUUGCCUGGGGUGCCGUCGCCUUUUCGCUUUUUGGAGGCUCAGAUGAGAAAACCGAGGAGCAAAAACUUGAGGAUGAACUUAUUCUGCUCUUGAAGAAAGCCAAGUACAGCAUGAUGAUUGGGGAGCUGGAUGCAGCUGAUGGUUUCUUACACCGAGCUGUCCGACUGGCACAUCAGAUGCACAAUAACGAUGCCAUUAUAUACACAUACAGCCUGAUGGCAAAUCUUGCCUUUGUUCGAGGUCAGCUGGACAAUGCUGAGAAGCUGUUCAAAGCAGCGAUGAGUUUCAUGUUGUCAGGAGGAACACCACAGGAUGACAAUGCAUUGAUUGAGAUGUCGCUGAAGCUGGCCAGCAUAUACGCCACGCAAAACAAGAAUGAGUUAGCAGAGCAUGGCUUUCAGUUCUGCACCGAUUCUUUAGAGGCCAAGAUGGAUAAACAGAAGGAUCUUCCUCCAGAAAGCCUCUCAGACGAAGAGCGCAAAGACACCAGGUUGCUGCUUGGUCUCAGUUUAGAUGCAAGGGCACGUUAUUUGGCAGCAAAUCAUCGUUUCAUAGGGGCCUGCCGGGAUUACAGACACGCUCUGCAGAUCUGCCAGGAGGAGCAGGGAGAGUCCCAUCCGCAGACGCUGGUCCUGAUGAGUGACCUGGCCACCGUGUUGGACCUGCAGGGGAAGCAUGAUGAGGCUCUAGUUUAUGUGAAGAAGGCCGUGGAGCUCGGACAGGCAGCGGGUCACCCUGAACAACACGUGCUGCUUGGAAAUAUGGCAGGAAUCCUGAUGCAUAACGGUGAGUUUGAAGAAUCUGCUAAACUGUAUCAGGAGGCUCUGGCUCUGGCACACACAGCAGGCGAUGCAGAGGCCAUUGAGCAGCUUCAGGAGGGACUAAAAGAGCUGGACAACAGGAGAAACGCAAAAGAUAACAGCAAAGUGGAAGAUGAGCUCAAGGAAUGACAAAAUGCUGUCUGCACACACACACUCCUUGGACUAUUAUAUUUUCAGUAGAGCACAGCAUUAGGACAAACUUUACAGUUUUGUGCAGAAAAUAUCAUCUUUAGCAGGACCAUAAACCUCCAGCCAUGAAUCAAAUUAAUAAUAAUCAGUAUUUGAUGCCACUGCCAUUUACUGUUUGCCAUCAGUACACGACAAGUUGUUUAAUGGCCUUUUUACCUUACCUUCCAUUAGAUUACCUCCUGUUUUGUGCUGGUGGACUGUAAUAAAUUAUUCCUUUGUAAAGUAAAAACAAGGAAGAUAAUGAAGAUCAUUAUUGGUCUGUUUAUAUAAUGUGCAAUGGAAUAUGUAAUGCUCCUAUUUGAAGCCAACUCGUGUUAAUGUGUUUGAUGUGUGAAGUGAUUUGAUAAACCUGUGCACACGCUUG